CCUCUUCCCUCCAUCUCUUCAAAAACCGGAGGGAGACGGAGACGAAACCCAUUUUAUCACUUAUCAUAACCGCCGCCGCCAUCAUCAUCUUCCAACAACCACCAUGGCCUCCUCCGAUAACCUCCUCCUCGCUCAAAUCGCCACCAUCCUCGGCCCGGACAACACUCAAUUCGAAACCCUAAUCUCUCACCUCAUGUCCGCCGCCAACGAGCAGCGUUCACAGGCCGAAACUCUCUUCAACCUCUGCAAACAACAUCAUCCAGACACUCUCGUUCUCAAACUAUCUCAACUCCUCCACAGUUCUCCGCACGCCGAAGCACGCGCCAUGUCCGCCGUCCUCCUCCGCCGCAUCCUCACCGCCGGAUCUGGUAACGACGACUCUCAAUCGGUAACUCUGUACCCUUCGCUUUCGCUACAGACGAAAUUAACGCUUAAAUCGAGUUUAUUAGAGUCUGUUAGUAGAGAAUCGGUUAAGUCUAUAGCGAAAAAGUUGUGUGAUACGGUUUCCGAGCUUGCGGCGGUGGUUUUGCCUGAGAAUGAGUGGCCGGAGCUUCUGCCGUUUAUGUUUUCGUGUGUUACGUCUGGAAACCCUAGGCUUAGAGAGAGUGCGUUGUUGAUUUUUGCUCAGUUGGCUCAGUAUAUCGGUGAAAUGUUGGUUCCGCAUUUGGAUACUUUGCAUAGCGUUUUUUUAGGGUGUUUGGGGACGGGUAUGGAUGCGGAUGUGCGGAUUGCCGCUUUGAAUGCUUCGAUUAACUUCAUUCAGUGUUUGGAGAAGGCGUCGGACAGGGAUAAGUUUCAUGAUUUGCUGCCGUUGAUGAUGCAGACGUUGACCGAAGCGUUGAACUCUGGUGAAGAGUCCACCGCGCAGGACGCGUUAGAACUGUUGAUUGAGUUGGCAGGUACUGAGCCAAGGUUUUUAAGGAAGCAGAUAACGGAAGUUGUGGGAGCGAUGUUGCAAAUUGCUGAAGCCGAGACUCUGGAAGAGGGGACAAAGCAUUUGGCGCUUGAGUUUGUUGUUACUUUGGCGGAAGCAAGGGAGAGGGCGCCCGGGAUGAUUAGGAAGUUGCCGCAGUUUAUUAAAAGGUUGUUUGAGAUACUGAUGAAGAUGUUGUUGGAUGUGGAAGAUGAUCCUGCGUGGCAUAGUGCUGAGGUUGAACAUGAGGAUGCAGGCGAGACUAGUAAUUAUAGUGCUGGUCAAGAGUAUUUGGACAGGCUUUCGAUUUCGUUGGGUGGAAAUACGAUUGUUCCGGUUGUUUCUGAGGUUUUGCCGGCUUAUUUUGCUGCGCCUGAAUGGCAAAAGCAUCAUGCUGCACUCAUUGCGUUAGCUCAAAUUGCAGAAGGCUGCUCAAAGGUUAUGACAAAGAACUUAGAGCAAGUUGUCACUAUGGUUUUGAACUCAUUUCAUGAUCCUCACCCUCGGGCUAGAUGGGCAGCUAUCAAUGCAAUUGGUCAGCUAUCUACAGACUUGGGACCAGACUUGCAAAACAAAUAUCAUCAUCUUGUGCUUCCGGCAUUAGCUUCAGCAAUGGAUGAUUUUAAUAAUCCACGGGUGCAGGCACAUGCGGCGUCAGCAGUGCUCAACUUUAGUGAAAAUUGUACACCGGAACUUCUAAAGCCGUAUUUGGAUGGGAUUGUCGGAAAAUUACUUGUAUUGUUGCAGAAUCCUAAGCAGAUGGUGCAAGAGGGGGCAUUGACUGCAUUGGCAUCGGUUGCUGACUCAUCUCAGGAGCAUUUUCAAAAGUACUAUGAUGCAGUUAUGCCUUACUUGAAAACCAUACUUGUGAAUGCAACCGACAAAACUAAUCGCAUGCUUCGUGCCAAAUCUAUGGAGUGUAUUAGUUUGGUUGGAAUGGCUGUUGGAAAAGACAAGUUUAAGGAUGAUGCCAAGCAUGUUAUGGAUGUCCUUAUGUCACUGCAAGGUUCCCAACUUGAGACAGAUGACCCUACAUCAAGCUACAUGUUGCAAGCAUGGGCAAGACUUUGCAAGUGCUUAGGGCAAGAUUUCCUCCCUUACAUGAACGUUGUCAUGCCACCGUUGCUUCAUUCUGCUCAACUUAAACCAGAUGUUACGAUUACAUCUGCUGAUUCAGAUGCAGAUAUUGAUGAGUCUGAUGAUGAAAGCAUUGAGACUAUCACACUUGGAGAUAAGAGAAUAGGGAUCAAGACAAGUGUCCUUGAGGAGAAAGCUACAGCAUGCAACAUGUUGUGUUGCUAUGCUGAUGAGCUGAAGGAAGGGUUUUUCCCUUGGAUUGAUCAGGUUGCUCCAACACUAGUACCACUUCUUAAAUUUUAUUUUCAUGAAGAAGUUAGGAAGGCUGCAGUUUCAGCUAUGCCGGAGCUUCUUCGUUCAGCAAAAUUAGCUGUUGAGAAGGGUCAAUCUCAGGGUCGAAAUGAGUCAUAUGUGAAGCAGUUGUCUGAUUAUAUCAUACCAGCUUUAGUAGAUGCUUUACACAAGGAACCAGAGACUGAAAUUUGCUCUAACAUGCUGGAGGCAAUUAAGGAGUGUGUACAGAUUUGUGGGUCCCUUUUAGAUGAAAGCCAAGUUAGAAGCAUUGUGGAAGAGCUAAAACAGGCGAUGACAGCCAGUGCAGCCAGAAGAAACGAAAGAGCCGAAAGAGUCAAAGCAGAGGACUUUGAUGCAGAAGAGGGCGAAAUGCUCAAAGAAGAAAAUGAGCAAGAGGAAGAACUAUUUGAUCAAGUUGGUGAUUGUUUGGGUACUCUACUUAAGACCUUUAAGGCUCCAUUUUUGCCUUUAUUUGACGAAUUAUUACCGUACUUGAUGCCUAUGUGGGGCAAGGAUAGGACCGAUGAGGAGAAAAGAAUAGCUAUUUGCAUAUUCGAUGACGUUGCUGAGCAUUGUGGAGAUGCAGCUGUGAAAUAUUAUGGUACUUUUCUACCAUUUGUGCUGGAAGCAUGCAAUGAUACAAGCACGGAUGUCCGCCAGGCUGCUGUUUACGGGGUUGGCAUGUGUGCAGAGUAUGGUGGAGUUGCAUUCAGACCAUAUGUUGGCGAGGCGCUUUCUAGAUUGGAUGCUGUCAUAAGACGCCCCGAUGCAUUACAUCCGGAUAAUGUAAUGGCUUAUGACAAUGCUGUUUCAGCUCUUGGCAAGAUUUGCCAAUUUCACCGUGAUAGUAUUAAUGCUGCUCAGAUUGUUCCUGCAUGGCUAAACUGCUUGCCAAUAAAAGGUGACUUGAUUGAGGCUAAAGUUGUGCAUGAUCAGCUUUGCUCAAUGGUGGAAAGGUCUGAUGGAGAAUUGUUAGGGCUUAACCAUCAGUAUCUUCCGAAGAUAGUUGGAGUAUUUGCAGAUGUUCUUUCUGCUGGUAAAGAUUUGGCUUCUGAAGAGACCGCUACUCGAAUGAUCAAUCUUCUGAGGCAGCUUCAGCAAACAUUACCACCAUCUGCCAUGGCAUCAACUUUGUCAUCGUUACAACCUCAACAACAGCUUGCUCUUCAAUCCGUUCUCUCUUCCUAGAGGUUUUAUACAAUCACAUCUUCGUUUUUCUGUUUGGGGUGUGUAUUAUUUGUUUUUUGUCCACACAAUAUAUACUUAAAAUUCAGUUUUGCAUGCAUUUGGGGUGGUGAAAAGAUGUUGGAAAUGUGAAAUAGGUGUAGGUUGUGCAUAUACAUAUUGUGAACAUUUGGUAUGUGUCGGCAGUUUUGUCCUGAAAGAUGCCAAGGUUUUGAGUUUUGUGGUCUUGGAUUGGUCUUGCAUAAUGAGAUUGUACCUUAAAAUGUUUGGAUUUUGGAGAUUGAAGAUUUUGGAUGAAUUUUGUUGUUUUUAUUU